GGUAUGUCAGCCAGUUGGCCGCCACGCGUAGUCGGCGUCGCACGUAGCGCCAUGUUCCGCGCUGUGACAGACGGCUGGAAGCGAUAUUGGUGGGGAACAGGAAUCCUACCGGACAGAACAAAUAGAAUAGAAGAUAUUUACUUGAGAUUUUAUAAUGGGGAAACAAUUGAUGACUAUGUGGACAUACCUCUUAGUCAAGCCAGUCGGUUAUUCGAAAUCAAAGGUUUUGAAAAAAAUAAUCCAACGGUUUUCUACAUCCACGGAUUUAUUGAGGUGGCCCAGCAAGAAAGUAUCCAGGUCAUGGUGAAAUCAUAUUUGGAUGCACGGCCGGACACCAACGUCGUGUUACUAGACUGGUCAAACAUGGCGCACGGCUCUUAUUUGGUCAAUGCUGCGAGGAAUACCAAGAAGGUAGGAGCGGCGGCCGCAGAACAAUUAAACAAACUCCUGGAAUCUGGUCUUCUUCUGGAGAAGUUCCACGUGAUAGGCCAUUCACUAGGCAGUCAUGUGGCUGGAUACACUGCGAGGGAAUUAAAAACGAAAUACAAUAAAGUCGUUAAAAGAUUAACAGCCCUCGAUCCUGCUUUUCCAGCCUUCUACCCUGACGGAGUGGUCAUGGAACAUGUCAACGCGAAAGACGCAGAAUUCGUUGACGUCAUCCAUACUGACGCUGGUGGUUACGGCGCGCCAGUUCGGACUGGAACAGCUGACUUCUGGCCGAAUGGGGGCAAGAGCAUACAGCCAGGAUGCCCUCGAUUCGCACCCAUACCUUUAUCUGAUGAUAAUUUCACUGGAAGCCGACCUCGUCUUUCAAAGAAAAAAGCUAAGAGGAUUAAUAAUUUAUGCAGUCAUUGGCGGUCGUGGAGAUUCUUUGCUGAAUCAGUCAUAAACCCCGAAGCGUUCCCCGCUUCGCCAGCCGAAUCUUAUGGCAAGUUUAGAGAAAAUCCCAACCCUGAAGAAGGGUUGGUGUAUAUGGGAUAUAACUGUGAUACUAAAGCGGAGGGUUCUUAUUAUUUGACGACAAACUCAGAGACACCGUUUGGCAAAGGAAUGGACGGACUCUAUCCGAAAGGCAAAAAGAAUUCCAUUAAGAAGAAUUGAAUAGACAUUAUUGUUGGGACUGGAAUCUGCUUUAGAAUUGUUAUUGCGAUUCCCGGACACUUCAAAGUUUAUCAAAGUUUUACAAAAGAGUUUUGUAUAAAGUUUUGCGGUGCUAAAGGGACAUUGUGUAAAUUGUGAGCUGGUACAAAAUACUAUCUUGUGCCCAGACAACAUUCUAUAAUAUUAAAAAACAACUGCGAUAGACAUGCCGUUUUCGGUGACAGCAUAUUGAAUUAAUGGAGCACGAAAAAUAAUCGUAAAUCUUCUAAAACAUGAUAGGGUACAAAGAACCGACCUUAAACAGCCUUAUAGUAAAGUUAUCAAAUACUUUUAAUACAUAAAAGUAAAUUAAGAAGUUAAAAUGUAUCGACGAAGAUAAAAAAAAAAACUGGUCUUAGGUUUUUAUUGAUCACUCAGUUUAAUAACUAAUUAAAAUGUGCUUAAAAAUAGGAAAAAACGCCAAGGACGCCACUUUAAUGAUAUAUGAAGGAUUUAGGGUAAUUGAACAAUUAGAAAAUGUAGUUUAAUAUUUUUAGCCUGUUAUAUCACAAGAAUGUAGAGUCCUCAUAUCACAAUUAAAAUAGCAGAUUUAUAGCUAAUUUUGUGUCAAAAAAGUAUUGUAAAUAAAAUUUUGCUAAACAAGUACUUAAGAAGUUUAGAAGUGAAAAUGUUGUUGUUUUUAAGUAGAUAUAUGAUGUAUACCUAGAUAUUAUUAUAACAAACACAGCCCAUGUACCGUCAGCAAAAGAAGUCGAUGAGCCCGAUUAGAUUUUCAAAGCAACUCUACACAAUAACAUUCUAAUUUUUAUAUGCCAUUAGAUAACAAAAUAGACUUGUGGUUAGAUGUAGCAAAACGAGCGAAACAUCAAUUCCUUUAUGCCAUUGUUAAAUACGGACACUUUGAAAAUAGGACUACGUUAACUCACUCUUGCUGACUGUAGUUUAACAACAAUAUAUUUAAUUGUAUGUAUUAUUUAUAUAAAAGAAUUACUAUAUUGUUAAUAGUUAAAAUAUACGGGACCUAUAACCACCUUUUAAAUGAUGAUUGUUGUAAUCGUAAAAACGAGAUAGUGCUCUACGCCGCGUAUCUCUUUGUCUCGCUUCCACAAUCAACAACCUUGCUUAAAGAAGUGAUGGAAGUCCACUUGAAUUUAUUUCUCUACCUCUCGCUUACAUAUCCUUGCUAUGAAGAUAAAGAACUAAAUUUAA